ACGGUCAUUUUAGUAUCUGGGUUAUGAAAAUCAACGUUUACCUAGCAGUAGUAGUAAACUCUUUAUUGUACAAAAAUACAUAUUAAAAGUAACAUACAAUUAGUAAGAAGUAGAACUAGUUGGGAGGUAUCUCGGUGACUGUUAAAUUUAAACAACGUAACGUGGUCACAUGGUUGUCAGUGAGUUCCCCGGGGCGCCGGCCGUGGGCUACUUCAAGCUGCACACGCCGGGGCUGCUCGUGAGGGACCCGGAGUUGGCGAAAACGAUUCUUAUUACAGAGUUCUCUAACUUCGCUACUAAUGGGUUUUUCAUAGACAGAAAAUACGAUUUCCUUGCGGGCUCUAACCCGUUCUUCGUGCGUGACGCGGAGUGGAGGACAGUGCGCAGCCACGCCACAGCUGCGAUCACCAUUGCCAAGCUCAAGUGGUACUUGCCUCGCAUGAUGGCUGUUGGGGACGAGAUGGCCAAGUAUGUCGAGAAGAAUUGCGAUGGCGGAGCUGCUGCGUUGGAUGUCAAAGAUCUAGGAACGAAGUUCACGGCUGACAUACUCGGAAACGCGAUCUGCGGCGUUGUAAACAACUCAUUCGAGGACCCCGACUCCCUCUUCGCACGGAUAACAAGAGAAGUCUGCUUCGCGACCACCGUAAAAGACAAUGUGAAGGACGCACUGCAAACCGCCUGGCCUAGGCUGAGUUACCUUUUCCAGAUGAGGUUCUCUUCUCCAACAUCUGAAGAACAACUCCUCUACCUUACCCGUAAAAUGAUUGAAGAAAGAGCGGCAACUGGGGACAAAAGAAACGAUCUGUACCAAGUUGCAAUUUCCAUGAGGGAGAACGAUCCGGAGGAGGUGUUCACCGACCAAUACAUAAGCAGCCUCGUCUACACAAUCAUGCUGGACCAGUACGAGACUGGCAGCAACGCAGUUGUUAACACGUUAUUCGCUCUCGCAUGGAAUCCUGAAGUUCAAGACAGACUUCGUAAGGAAAUAAUUGAUUUCAAAUCCAAAGUCAAAGGGGAAUACACAAUAGACAACAUAGACAAUUUGAAGUAUUUAGAGAUGGUGCUGUCAGAAACUUUACGCAUGUGCUGUCCCGUUCCGGUGUUGUCCCGGGAAUGCACCAACGACUGCACCAUCACUGUCCCCAGCCUGGGGAAAUCCUUAAAAAUAUCCAAAGGAACUCAGAUUAUUGUUCCCAAUCAGACUAUACAUAUGGACCCUACAUAUUAUCCGAAUCCUGAGAAAUUUGACCCUGAGCGGUUUACAGAGGAGGAAAUAGCUAAGAGGCCGAAGUACACAUACUUGCCAUUUGGAGAAGGACCGAAGCGUUGUUUGGCACCCCGACUUGGCUCGCUGCAGGUCAAAGUCGCGAUCAUUAGCUUGUUGGCGCGCUUCAAGAUACGUCCGGCCGGGGCUCGGUUCCCAUUGGCUUGCGAACCCGGAGUCUUCCUCAUCAGCAGCCCUGUGAGCGGCGCCGAUCUGCACUUCGAACCUAUUGAAACUGAGGGAAAUUAAUUCUUAAUACAAUGCAUGCAUCAUUAAAAUGUCACUAUUAGAGGUAGGGUUUGCCAACCGUCCCGCAAUACGCGGGACGUCCCGUUUCUGGAACCCUAAAGUAUGCGUCCCGCAAAAGGUCCGUGCGGGACGCCGAUUGUCCCGUUUUCUGGCUAGACUAGAUUAUAAGCAAUGAAACGGAGGUAGCACCAGCGCGUGACUUUAAUUUGAAGUCUUCAGGGAUUGAACCGAUCUAUAUUAACCAAUUUUCUUUAAUGUUUAUGUCAUAAAAUGUAUAGUAUGCUAGUGUGCUAUAAAUGUUUAGAAAGUUAUCUUGGUUGAAUUUUUCAUGCCUUUCGAUACGUUGACGGCAAAUAGGUAUACCAUUUCCCAGUUAGGCCGGCUGAAGGAGUCCCGCAUUGUAUACCCAAGUCCCGCAAAUUGAUCGCAAAUGUACCGCAAAACUGUGCAUUUAGGUUGGCAACCCUAAUUAGAGGCCUUGACCCCCGCUCCGGGUUUUUCCUGAUGCAAAGGCUAUCCAUCGCAAUCCAACGCGGCAACGCAGCGAGCGUGAUGGGCAUCUUUGCAUUAUUUCAUAGUUAUUUUGUACAUACUUAGUUUAUAUUUAAGUUCAGCUACAUUUAGGUUUAGUGAUUAAGUUUAGUUUUAUGUUUAGAUACUUAUAUUUUAGUAUUAAA